AUGGCGGAAAACGAAAAUGAACAGCAACCACCGACCAAGGGUCUUCCUUCGUUUCAGAAAGUUUCCAGAAUGUGUUUGGUAUUAACUCUUGCCGGUAUCGCCCUACUGGCUUUAGGUUUAGGUGAACACAUCACUGGCGAUGGUACAAAAGUUCCUAUUACUACCGAUUUACAUUAUCAUCUAUUUUGGGCUGGUGGAUUUAUUCUCAUUACUGGAUUCACUGGAAUGAAAACCCUCAAAGAUGAAACUUUGCCUCCAGCUUGGAUGUUUAUCGUGGUUUUUAUCCUCAACGUCGUAACUGCUAUCUUGUCGGUUACUGGUAUGAUUUUAUGUAUAGUUGGAUUAGCAACCAUCAAGCACGAUGAACCGGUUGUUGCGUACGUCAUGGAUAGUAUCGAAAUUGUCAUUUACUUAAUUGCACUGGGCUUAACGGCGCUGCUAUUCCGUAUUGCCUAUUUGCGAUAUGGUUAUCAGGGACAAUGUACAAUAUUCUACAAUGAUGCUCAUUGGCAGUAA